CUGAGCAUGCGCACUCUACUGUACAUCUGCACGAUGGACGGAGUCAGGGAAUUAGCUAUUCUUAUCCUUACUUUUCUGUGUUUAACAUUUGUGAAUUGUACUGAUGAUAUUUUGGUUGCCUGCGGAGGGUUCGUCAAGUCAGAUGUGGACAUUAAUUACUCUCUCAUUGAGAUAAAGUUGUACACUAAACAGGGCUCACUGAAAUACCAGACUGACUGUGCUCCAAUCAAUGGUUACUUUAUGAUCCCACUCUAUGACAAGGGUGAUUUUGUUCUAAAGAUAGAACCACCUUCAGGAUGGAGCUUUGAUCCAACAACGGUUGACCUACAUGUGGAUGGAAUUACUGAUAUCUGCACUAAAGAACAAGACAUCAACUUCUUCUUUACUGGGUUUUCAGUCCUGGGAAGUGUCUUGAGUAAGGGGCAUUUGUUGGGCCCUGCAGGGAUUGAAGUUAGUUUGAGAAAAGCAGGCGAAGAUGAUGUUCUUCAGAGUGUCUUCACACAAGCUGGUGGCCAGUAUACCUUUAGCAAGGUGCUUCCUGGAAGUUAUGACAUCACAUCCUCUCACACCUCAUGGACAAUGGAGCAGAGCUCAACCACUGUUGUUGUGACAAAUGAAAAUGCCCCCGCCGCAGCUCCUCUUGUGGUAAAAGGCUAUGAUGUCUCUGGGGAGGUGCAGAGUGAUGGCGAACCAAUGAGAGGAGUCAAUUUCCUCCUCUACUCUGCUAGCAUAACUGAAGCGGAUAUCAAUGGCUGCAGUUUUGCUCCUGUGAACGGGGCUUUGUCUGGCGAGCCCUCCCUUGUGUAUUUGUGCAGUGUUCAAUCUCAAAAUGAUGGCACUUUCUCCUUUCCUUGCCUUCCCAGUGGGGAAUACACUGUGAUCCCAUACUACAGAGGCGAGAGGAUCACUUUUGAUGUUACUCCUUCUCGCAUGGAUUUCAAAGUAGAACACAACAGUUUAAUGUUGGAGCCAAUAUUUCGGGUCAUGGGAUUCUCAGUGAUGGGCAGAGUUCUGAAUAGCCCCAAUGGAGAGGGUGUUGCAGAUGCUGUAGUUACGCUAAACAACCAAAUUAAAGUGGAAACUAAAGAAGAUGGUUCUUUCCGGUUGGAGAAUAUGACCACAGGCACCUAUACAAUCAACACACAGAAAGAGCUGAUGUUCUUUGAGCCAGUUACAGUGAAGAUUGCUCCCAGCACCCCUCAGCUGCCGGACAUCAUCACUGCUGGGUUUAGUGUGUGUGGGCACAUCUUAGUCACCCGUCUUCCUGAGGGUGUUAAGCAGCUUGGGCGCUACAAGGUUAUGCUAUCUGCCCAUGCUGUCCAGACCAUCGAAAGCGACAAUCAUGGAGCAUUCUGCUUCCAAGUUAAACCAGGAGAAUACAGCGUGCAGGUGACCCUCCCUGAAGCUGAAGUGAAGGCUGGGCUUGCUUUACAGCCACAUACUCUCAAUAUCUCACUGGUGGAUCGUCCCAUCACUGACCUUCUCUUUACUCAGUUCAUCGCAUCUGUAACGGGCUUUGUUUCCUGUCUUGCGGUGUGUGGAGAUCUGACCAUCACCCUUCAGCCUGUCAGCAGACAGGGAGAGAGGCAGAACCUCCAGCUGUCUGCCAGCGGUGAAACCCUCAGCUUCACUUUCAGUAGUGUACUACCUGGCAAGUACAAAGUGGCCAUCACCCAGGACGAGUGGUGCUGGAAACACAAGUCAGUGGAGGUUGAUGUAGUGGACUCAGACAUACAAGGAGUGGAGUUCAGACAGACCGGAUAUUUGCUACGCUGCACGCUGUCCCAUGCCAUUACUCUGGAAUUUUUCCAAGAUGGAAGCACGCCUGAAAAUGUUGGCAUUUACAAUCUGUCCAAAGGAGUAAAUCGCUUUUGUCUGUCCAAACCAGGUGUUUACAAAGUGACUCCACGGUCCUGUCACCAGUUUGAACAAGAUUACUACACCUACAACACGUCUGCCCCAAGCAUCUUAACCCUGACUGCGAUCAGACACCACAUGACCGGACUCAUCACCACUGAUAAGAUGCUUGAUGUCACAGUCACCAUCAAAUCUUCCAUUGAGAGUGAGCCUGCCCUGGUUCUGGGACCCCUGCGAUCAAUUGAGGAGCAGCGACUGGAACAGCAGCUAGUGGACAUAGCUGCCCGUAGGAAAGAGAGGGAGGAAAGAGCAGAAAGAGGAGAGGAGCAGAACCCACCCAUGGAAGAGAAACCAGAUGUCCUCCAUGAGCCUUUUCACUAUGACUUCUCCUACUGGGCACGGGCUGGAGAGAAGAUCACGGUCACACCUUCCUCCAAAGAACUGCUGUUUUACCCUCCUGAAGUAGAGGCUACAAUCACUGGAGAGAUCUGUCCGGGUCAAAUGGUGGAGAUUGCUGGCCGUGCCGGGCUAUUCCUCAAGGGGCAGGUGUCGCCUACACUGGAGGGUGUGGAAAUCUCCAUUAAGGAGAGUGGGGCCACAACGCCUCUCAUUGCAGUUCUCACAGAUGCUAGCGGAACCUACAGUGUUGGACCCCUACAUAGUGACUCUCAGUAUGAUGUCAGUGCCAGUAAAGAGGGCUUUGUCCUGACCCCUGUGGAGGGAAAGACAGGAGACUUCAAGGCAUUUGCCUUGGCAGGCGUCACGUUUGAGAUCAAGUCAGACGAUGGUGUCUCUCUCUCUGGGGUUCUGCUCUCUCUAAGUGGGGCCAACUUCCGCUCAAACUUACUCACUCAGGACACAGGCCUCCUUACCUUCAACAACCUGAGUCCUGGCCAGUACUAUUUCAAGCCCAUGAUGAAGGAGUUCCGCUUUGAGCCCUCCGCACAGAUGAUCACCGUAGAAGAAGGACAGGUUCUCCAUAUUCCCAUCACUGGCUUCAAAACCGCAUACAGCUGCUACGGGACGGUGCAGUCACUAGGUGGCAAUGCAGAGCAGGGUGUUGCCGUGGAGGCAUUGGGGCAGGGAGAGUGCAACAUGUACAGUGAGGACACGGUCACUGACGAGGAGGGCCGCUUCAGACUUCGAGGCUUGCUGCCUGGGUGUGACUACAACAUUCAACUGAGAGGGGAAGGAAAUGACCACAUAGAGAGAGCACUGCCGCCACACAAAACCAUCAAGGUGGGCAACACUGACGUUGAUGGACUAAACAUCAUUGCCUUCAGACAGAUCAAUCAGUUUGAUCUCAGUGGCAAUAUCAUCACAACUCCUGACCAUCUUCCUACUCUCUGGGUAAAGCUGUACAAGAGUGACAACCUUGACAAUCCCUUCCAGAGUGUGUCCCUCGGCCAGUCCCUGUUCUUUCACUUUGCCCCCCUGCCACGUGAUGGAGAGAGCUAUGUGUUGAUGCUGGACACAUCACUCUCUCGCUCCCAGUAUGACUUCAAACUUCCACAGGUUUCAUUCACGUCCUCUGGUUACCACAAACAUAUAACACUGACCUUUAACCCAAAGAGGAAAAUGCCAGAUCAAGAUGUUGCCCAGGGAUCCUACAUUGCCCUUCCUCUGACUCUACUGCUGCUGCUUGCUGUGUAUAAUCAUGAGCGGGUCAUGCCACUUCUUCUGCAGCUGGUCAGUCAGGUCCAGGGUGUUCGAGGCAUCGCUCAGUCAAGCGGGGAUGGACUCGCUGUGGACGAAGCCAAGCGCCAGUCAAAGAGGCCGAAGAUGAGACGCACUUGAGAGCCCGGAGUGACCUAAUAUGAAGGCCAAGCCAACCACGGCAUUCACAUCUCUUAAAUCUCUCUGGUUUUCAGCCAAUUUGAUUUGAGUCCCAUUAUAAAAAAAAUCUCACAUGAGACAACGUAAUUUUCUGGACAUCUUGGGUAUAAUAUGAGGUUUAUUUACUCUGGGUGUAGUUUACAUAGUGUUCUGGUGGCACAGAUUGGUAUCAUUUUAGCUUUCAGUCCCUGGCAUAUGUGAACGUGACUCGAGAGAUGAUGUGGGUUUGGUGUAUUUAUGUUAGUGAGAAAUCGCUCAGGGAGGCUGGCUGAUGUAAGUUUGUAUGUGCGUGACUGCGUGUGUGUGUGCGUGACUGCGUGUGUGUGCGUGCGUGACUGCGUGUGUGUGUGUGACUGCGUGUGUGUGCGUGCGUGACUGCGUGUGUGUGCGUGCGUGACUGCGUGUGUGUGCGUGCGUGACUAUGUGGGUGUCUGCGGGCGCGUGUGACACUGCGCGUGUGCAUGCGUGACUGCGUACGUGUAUGACUGUUUGUGUGUGACUGCGUGUGAGUGUGACUACAUGUGUGUGCGUGUGUGUUAUCUUUAGGAUAGGGAGAAUUAAUGACCCAAGUAAUUGAUUUCAAUAGUGUCCUGAAUGAGUAGAAUAUUUAUUAACAAUUUUCUCAAAUAUAAUUAUUUAGCCUAAUACUAGAUUUUAUUAAUCCCCCACUCCCAAUCAGUUACCAGUUCCUUUUUUUAAUCACAAAACAUGUACUAGAAUUAAGUUUUCUAACUUUCCCCCUCAAAUUUUUAUUUAAAAAAUCAGUGAUGUUUUUGUUUGCUUUGUUAAAAUGUCACAAGACAACCAAAAGCUAAUUUUUGACAGUUCCUUUAGAUUGUUCUGCUGUUUGAUGGGUUCAGUACAUAUUCAUUCCAUAGCAUUAAAAAUGGUCAUCAUGUGAUGAUGUGUAUGGUUACCAGAAAGAACAAUGAUAAUAAAGUGUGUUUGAAUUUACUCUUUAUUUAUUAAUUCUUUAAAUCUUCUGCUUGAUAAUUCACACCUUGUCUUUGCAUUGUAGAUGUCUUAUGCUACUCUUUACUAGCAACAAUGCAUUGCAAUGUUAUAAACCUACAGGAUAAAGUAUUUGUAACUUAUUACACAGCGGUCUGGAAUACUCUAUUCUGAUUGGUCAAUGGCGCCAUCUAGCGGUCUGUUAUUGCUCUGUAACAACUGCACAUUUUGGUCUGUUCUGAAUGGAUCACUUCAGAAGACAUGGAUUAAACAACUGGAGUCU